GAAAACACAACGGGAGGUGUUUAUUUGCGAGCAUCAACAUGGAGACAAAACGAACUAUCAGAAUAACCACCGAGCAACACAUCUUGAAAGAUGUUCCUCCGGUUGAAAACUACCCAAUGAGACAAUGGUCCAUUCAGAUCUCGAUGUUAAAUCAAAAUGGACAAGAAAUAGAGGCGUCGAUUUUGGAUAAAGUGACCUACACUUUGCAUCCUACGUUCGCCAAUCCCAUAAGAUCCAUAAAACAAUCUCCAUUCAGGGUCGAAGAACAAGGAUGGGGUGAAUUCGAUAUACCUAUCUCUGUCCAUGUGCUUGGAUUGAACGGAAAGGUGGGUGAAAGAAAAAUCAGCCACGACUUAAACUUCUUACAAGAAAAGUAUAUCAACGACCACGUCAUUACUAUCCCCGUUAGUCCUACUAAAAACCCCGCCUUGAACAAGCUUUUGGUGGAAAGUGGCCCAUUACCUUUCGACGAAUCUGGCGCCGCAAAACGUAAGAUUGAUGCAGUGGGACCAAACGACAAGUUAAAGAAGGCCAAGACCAAUGGAGGUGCUGCUGUCAAGGGAAAUAUCGACUUGGAAAAAUUGGCCAACGGCUUGACCAAAUUAAAUGAAGAUGAUUUGAUUGUUAUAGUACAAAUGGUCACUGACAACAGAACGAAUGAAAUGAAUAUUAAAAAUGAUGUUGAGAACGGCGAGUUCACCAUGGACUUGUAUACUUUACCAGAAUCGUUGUUGAAGAGUUUGUGGGAGUAUGUGAAGAAGCACACCGAGGCCUAGACUACCGCUUCCCCAACCUACCAAUUGACAGCAACGCUGCAAUAGCACAUUCUUGACAAAAGGGCCACUACAGCUAUCGCGAGAGGUAUACUUUCUGUACUUAUAUACUGUGUAUGUAUUAGUAAACGAAAUUGUUAAAGUCCUUUUACUGAAUUGAGACUACAGAGGCAUCGGUGAGAUCAAUGAACAGGAAAAUUGGAUCUACAGCACCAUGAAUUGUGAGGGAAAUAUCAUUACAAUGCUGCACUUGCGAAAUAUUAAAAUCACUGUUUAUUUCCUUGAUUAUUGACUAGAAGA